UGUCGGGGGGCAUUGCACAUAGAGUUUACUGGGGUUGGCUGCCCGUCGGAGCGAACUUUUGAGGGCCAGGCUCGUGGUGAUCUCGGGGUCCAUGCGCGUACCGUAAGACCAGGGUUUUGUAUUAAUGGGCGGUUAUUCGGGAUGAAGCCUUUGGCACGGUACGGAUCGGAUGGGGUAGGCAUCGCCGGCCCUAUGGCUUUUUAACCAAGAAGCUCCCGUCUCGACAUGUUCUCGAACCUUGUGCUUGGCCGUCUGUGUUCUCGGCGCUACCCGUCCCCUCAUUCAUUCUUUUGACCCGUCUAUCCAUUCAUUCAUUCCUUCCCGUGUAAUAACACACCAUCCACCCAAUGGCUAUUCUUAGCACUGCCCAUCGGCUUCUCGCCGGUCUGCAGCUCCUCAGCUUGGGCGUCGCGUCGGUGGCCGCAGUGGCCGUCACGCCUCGCUCCAUCGCAACCGACCUGCAGGGCUUGGUGCGCACCUCGGCUGUAGGUGUCACCCUCCGCGAGCGGUGGAACGAAUUCGAGGCCCCGCUGCCCGUCGUCGUUGUCAACGCCACCUGCGAGAGCGACAUCCAGGCUGUAGUCAGAUACUGCAGCAAGAACAACGUGCCCCUCCUGCCCCAGAACGGCGGCAACGGCUGGGCAUUCUUCGACAAGUCCAAGUCGGGCACGCCUUCGGGAGUCGUGCUCAACUUGGCAGGCCUCAACCAGGUCAAGGUCAGUGCGGACAAGCAGACCGCCAUCGUUGGUGGUGGCGCCAUCAUCUCGGACGUCGUCGCUGCUGCGGAUGCUGCUGGCGUGCUUGUGCAGACCGGCAACUGCAACUGCGUUGGUGCUCUGGGCGCCGGCCUGGGCGGCGGAUAUGGCAACCUCAUUGGCGAGCUCGGCAUGGCUGUCGACAACAUGAUUUCGCUGCGCGUCAUCACGGCCGACGGCAAGGCCGUCACCGUCAGUCCCACGUCCAACCCAGACCUCUGGUGGGCGAUGCGCGGCGCGGGCCCCAACUUUGGCAUCGUCACCUAUGCCACCUACAAGGCCGUGCCCACUGCCGACCGCAACGCCUGGCUCAUGAGCCUCACCUUUGACGGUUCCCGGGUGGCCGAGGUCGCCCAGGCCGUCCAGGACCUGCCCCUGCUGCCCAACCAGGUCGUCUUCUUCAUCCUCUCCAACCAGGCCGUCGUGGUCACCGGCUUUCUGCGCGGUGGCGAUGAGGAGGCUGGCCGCAAGGCUUUCAAGCCUCUGUUUGACCUGGGCCCCUCCACCAACAGCUCCUCCGUCAACCCCUACCCCAAGUGGAACGUGCCGAACGACUUCUUUUGCGCCCGUGGCGACCGCAAGCCCGCCUUUACCACGACCCUCUCUGACAUGAAGGCCGCCUCCUGGCCUGCCGUGUUUGACCUCUACAAUGAGUUCCAGAAGCUGCCCACCGCCGAGAACUCUGCCAUCCUCGUUGAGCGCUACAACCUCACCAAGGCCCAGUCUGUCGGCCGUGGUGCCACAGCCGUCCAUGACGAGCUGCGCUUCGACUCGUUCGCCCAGGCCGUCGUCAUUCCCUGGUACAAGGACCUCGCCCUCGACACCCAGGCCCUCGAUUUUGCCUCCAAGGUGCGCGACAUCUGGGCUGGCCCGGCCGGCGGCAAGAAGAACUCUGCUUACAUCAACUUUGCGCAUGGCGACGAAGACCUCAUUGCCGUCUACGGCUCGAGCCUUCCCCGUCUCCAGCAGCUCAAGAAGAAGUACGACCCAAAGAACGUCUUUGGACAGUGGUUCAGCCUGCAGUAAGCUUCUUGUCACUAGAUAGAUAGGGCUAGGGCAACCUCUCCUCGUGCAAAUGGCUCGGCAGUUUCUUGGCUUAGCAUUUUAGGACUCAUAAUAGAGAGACUGUUCGAGAUCUCUACUCUCGAUUUAACCUUGGUUGUAUGGAUCGAUCUGCGCAGUGGAUGUGUGAAACUCGUAAUAGCGUUGCUGGCGGGCCGGCUUUACAUGAAGUAGGCUAACCAGCCGGGCUUAUGAGUGACUGCAGAUGACAGCAAAUCAAAUGUGUAGACUAUAUAGGCUAGAUUGAUAAAAAUAACGUCAAGACAAUAUGUGUACUGGCCACUACAAGUCACGGCUUUCAAAAUCACAAGAUCUUGCACCAUUCUUGUCAAUAAUAGUCAAUUCUCAUAGGA